AUGUACACCCUCUUUAAAGCCCUCCCCCGCAUCUCCUCCCGCGACAGCCGCACCGGCUCAGGGAAUUCCGGGUUUCAAGACGAGUACAACGAGACGCGCAAUACGGUGCAAACAGGCGCCCGGGUCAUCAGCAUCGGCGCCAUCGUCGGCAUCGUCAUCGGCGCCCUGGUCAUGAUCGGGCUGCUGGUAUCCGUCUGCAUCCUCGUGCACCGCCGCAACAAGCGCCGUGCCAACAACGCCGCCAUCACCAACAAGGGUGUGUUUGGUCCCGGGGGCAGGCACAGCGACGCUUCGUCAAACAUGCCGCCCGGGUAUGGGUGGGGAGCCGGCGUUGACGGCCAGCAACAACAGCAGCAGCCGAUGCAGGAUGGUGGCGUCAGCGUUCCGCCGCCGGCUGCUGAGAAUCAUGGUCACCAUGACCAAAACGGGAGGAAGGAUUUCGCACCGGGCCAUGCCGGUGCCGGUGCGACUGACUUUGUUUGA